AUGGCUUCAGUACCAUUUAUGCCCUUCCUACGUCCUCUUCCCCUUCCUCGUCUCUCCUACAUUCAUAUUCUCCAGCGCCAAAUAUCAAGCCUACCUCAUCUCUGUCAAAAAGCCACCAUAAUUGUAUCCAAGACGCCAACCCCACCACCGGCCUCUCCUGCGGUCAAACCUUCGGCGCAAGUCGGUCUUGCCGCCCUACCUCCACUUCCCUAUCACGUCCACCGCACGGCAUCACAAAAGUUGCCAAUUUAUCACCUCGCCAAACGCGGCGGCAAUCUCCAUCAGACUCGGAUACGGAAAAUUGAAGGAAACGUCGAGAAGCUUAGAGAAGAGAUAGUGGCAGGGUUGGCCUUGAAGGAGGAAACCGUUGUCAUUAAUCGAUUGACAGGGCAUAUCAUCAUAAAGGGGUGGUAUAAGGACAAUAUCAAAAGGUUCUUGGAGGAGCGGCAUUUCUGA